CCGAUGCAUGACCACCGUCAACGCUGCGAAACUGCAAGAGCUAGUAAUAUUUUUUUGAAUGUUAGGGGCUUAAAUUUCAGGUUCCCCGGCUACAUCUUUGCAAUCUUCGGUAUCUACCAGCAACAGCAGUUCCGCCGGAAACCGGAAAGUAUGGAGAGGCAAAUGUCUUUUACCCGGGACAUCGGCCAUGCGGCCGCCGAGACUUAUCUUAUUACGCGGCUUACCUUCACUCUCCUCAGAUAUCUCGGGGUAGGCUACCGGUGGUAUACAAGAUUAGUUGCUCUUGCUUGUUAUGCUUUGCUUCUUAUGCCUGGUUUUCUUCAAGUUGCAUAUUAUUAUUUUUUCUCAAGUCAAGUGCGACGGAGUAUUAUUUAUGGAAAUCAACCAAGGAAUAGAUUGGAUUUAUACUUGCCAGCAAACAGUAAUGGCCCAAAGCCAGUUGUGGUAUUUGUGACUGGUGGAGCCUGGAUAAUUGGGUAUAAGGCAUGGGGUUCACUUCUAGGACUGCAAUUGGUGGAAAGAGAUGUCAUUGUAGCUUGUAUUGAUUACAGGAACUUCCCCCAGGGAACCAUUAGUGACAUGGUGAAAGAUGUAUCUCAAGGGGUCUCAUUUGUCUGCAAUCUCAUUGGCAGAUAUGGAGGUGAUCCUAAUAGAAUCUAUUUAAUGGGGCAGUCAGCGGGGGCACAUAUUUCUGCUUGUGUUCUUUUGGAGCAGGCAAUAAAAGAAUCUAGAGGAGAAAGCACCACCUGGAGUGUCUCCCAAAUCAAAUCUUAUUUUGGUUUAUCUGGAGGGUACAAUUUAUUUAAUUUGGUUGAUCAUUUCCACAAUCGAGGCCUUUAUCGUUCCAUCUUUUUAAGCACCAUGGAAGGGGAAGAAUCCUUUGAACAAUUUUCUCCUGAAGUAAGAAUAAAAAAUCCAGGCAAUAGAGAAGCUGCCUCUCUUCUUCCCCACGUUAAACUUUUCCAUGGAACUUCAGAUUUAUCAAUCCCAUCAGAUGCCAGUAUAAACCUUGUAGAAGCUCUUAAAGGGGCAGGGGCCGAGGCAGAAGUGAUUUUAUAUGAUGGAAAAUCCCAUACAGAUCUGUUUUUACAGGAUCCGUUAAGAGGUGGAAAGGAUGAUCUAUUUGAUCAUAUGGUUUCAGUCAUACAUGCCAGUGAUGAGGAAGCUCUUGCCAAGGAUGCCUUGGCGCCUCCGAGAAAACGCCUUGUACCCGAGAUUUUGUUAAGGUUGGCUCAUCAUAUCAGCCCAUUCUAAUAUUUCUACGUUUCUCAAUGUUUGAUCAGGCACAACCUUGUUAUGCUAUUU